CACGAAUACAAAAAGAAACUGAAAGUAGGAAAAUCUUAUUUUAAGUCGAAAGUGCGAAAUUCCCAGGAAAAUAAGGAAGGGACUAGUGCAGAUAAUAGUAUCACUUGGCGAAUUUGCAGUUACCAUGGGUGGUAGCUCUUCAAGGAGCGGUAAAACACGAAUAGAUGAAACUUUAAUAAGACAACUUUUAAACGAAUGUCUGGAAAAGGUUCAUGAGUUAGACGAGUCAAUGAUUGGCUUUUUUAAAGUUUUUGAUCAGUUGACAGCAACUCUACGUUUGAUAACUGAUUAUCAGUCAAUAACAUUAACAGACGACAAAUUUACCCCAUCAGAAGCAGUUUUGCUCAAUGGAACUAAUAGAAAACGACUAACAAAGGACGUUUUAGUUUGUAUAGAGGAGUCAUGUUUACACGAGAAAAGUAAAAGUCUUCAGAAGCUUCUUCAACUUUUACGAUUUAUCAAUGAUACUGCUAAAAAGCACAGUGCCUUGACCGUUGUAGAUUUACAACUUGACAAAUAUAAAGAAGAACCUUCUUUCAAGACAUUCUUUAUUAAUGACUUUCGACAGACCCAGGAAAAUGAAAUAAAAGAGUUGAAAGAAAACCAGAGAGCGUUGAAGCAACUAUUGGAAAUUUCUAAAAGAAAAGAAACUGACUUUGUAAAAGAGAAAAAGGAAAUACUUUCCGAAAAUAAAAAUCUAAAUGACUUAAAUGAACAGAAAGACGAAGAAAACGAAAAGCUGAGAAACUCAAUAAGCAGUCUUCAAACGGAUAUAGAUAACUUGAAAUCGAAAUAUUUAGAUGAGUGGAAAGCCGAAAAAGAAACGUUAGUUGAGAGGACUGAAGAAAAAGAUGAACAGAUAGAAACCCUUCAAAACAAAGUUGUGGAACUGACUGAAAACGUAGAAACAGAAAGAAAAACAGCAGACGAUUUAAGGAAAGAAUAUGAAAAAGUUAAAGAAGAGUUGGAAAACAUUAAGUGCAAGAAAGUUCUACAAGUGCAGUUGUUCUAUCAGCGUCGAGGAGGUCUCAUUUCUGAAGUAGAGGAAAAUUUGAAGGAAGUGUUAAAAAUGCGUCUUGAAGACGGAAAAACUGAGUUGAACUUCAUUUCUUGCCAUAGUUCUUCUGACAUCAGUCCUGAUUUACCAACCUUGCUUAUUGCCAUAUGCGCCUCAAGACUUGGUACAGACGCUGCCAAUGCUAUACAAGGAUUAAGCUUACAUAAGAAGAUAUUGCUUCUAAUCUUCCAUCACAAAGAUGUUCAUGCCCUUCCUUCGCAAGCAAGCGAACGUGUACUAACUGGACAAGAGUUCAAAAGUAUAGGUGGAAUAUACGAUAUGGCCUUUUUGUCACAGAGAGGAAUAUACUCGUGCGAUUUGAAUGAGAAAAGCGUAACAACAGUGGUUAGCUUUCUCAAAGCAUCUAAAGGAUGAAUAAGCUGGGGAAAUACAACCUAUUGAACACGAAGAAUAAAUGUUACAAAUGAAGGACACAUUGUGACUUGCCUGUUUUGAGUUUUCUGAUAAUCGACCGACAGUACCAGUGUGAUGCACUUGUGUUACUUUUUUUCCUUAUUGCCUGUUUAUUGCUUAAGCCAUGUUUGUGUGAAUGUCUUUCGUCUACAAAUUCAUACAUACGUUUGUACACUGCUGUGAGGUUUUUGGGAGGCUGUAUACUUGAAACGUAGCUAUUCUUAUUGCAUUUUUCGGCGACGCCGUCUAAAUUCGUUGUCGUUACCUAUGCCACGUGACUUCAGUUUGCAAAUCAAACUACUUGAUAACGCAUUAUAGAUAAUUUAUCAAAAUGGAAGAUUUAUGCAACCCGCUGCCUGAUUGGACGAGAGUGUCAAUUUCUUUCACUCUGUUGAUUGUGCUACGCUGAGUGAAAUGUAGACAAAGCGUUUAUCUUAAACGACGCUGUUCACAGUUUUAAAGCUAACUUUGGCUUAGUAUAUUUAGCAAGAAUAUUGAUAUAUCUCAAAAUGAUAAGUAAGUUUAAUAAAUAUGAUAAAAACCUAUUCAAAUACCAACAUAUAUCAAAUUAAAGAAAGAGCUGAAUACGGUCUGCGUAUCACAUGAAUAAGGGUGUGAUAAGAGUCUUUUAUGUAGUUUAUGUAGAGAAGUGCUUUUUAAAAGAUUUUCUUUGUUACAAUUGUCGUCUCUAUAUGAAAAAGUUUCUUGCUUUUUUGACUUAUUCAGAUUGCAUAUUAAAAUGAGUACUUGUUUGCUUUGAUAUAUUUGUUAUAAAUUAUUUAACUGAUUUAUUAUAUAUGAAUAUUUUUCUUUAGUGUGGUAUGCAAAUAUUGAACUCAGUUGAAAUCUGUUUUAUUAUAUAUAUGCUAUAUAAUGACUGAAUCUCAUUACACUGAAAUGAAGGUACGCUGCAUACAGUUUAUCUAUGUGAUAUAAUUACGGUCAAACUUUGCUUAUAAAACAGAAAUAUUGAAAUAAUUACAAUUGUAUGUUUUGCUUGACCUUCACAUUUUUUUUUGAUGUGACGUCAUUGUCCAAAGAUUCAUGAAUAGCGAAUAUGCAUUUGAUAAAGCGGGAUCAGUUGGCCAAUUUUAGAAAUAAAUAAAAAUAAUAAAUAAAAAAAUCCUUUAAUUGAUUUUUUCUCAUGUAUUCUAAUCAAACUUGAUUUGUAGCAUCUUUAUUAGGCCCGCAGCCAACUUUGUUCAGCUGGGACAUUUAACCCCUUUUAGGGGCUGCUAGAGCUAAAACUAGAAAUGCCUUUAUACAGCGUCUCAUGAACAGCUUGGUGGAUCUUUGUCAUACUUGGUCUGGAGCAUCAUUAUAAGGUUCUCUUCCAAAUUUAUUUAUAUAGGAACUUGGGCCCUAUUAGGGACCACUAUAGCUAAAAGUAGAUAUGCCUUUCUUCGCAUUAACCACUAAAAUGUAAUGGAUUUUUAUCAAACUCGAUGUGUACAAUAUCGUAAGGUCUCCUGCUAUUUUGUUACAAAUGGGGAUAGGGACCAAUUUAGCUAAAAAUAUAAACACGUUUAAUGACCUCUUCUCAUGAACCGCUUCAUGAAUCUUCAUCAAUCUACUGCAGUAAUUAUUCGUCUAAGGAUAAACGAAACAAAAUUGCAACCCUACGAAACCUUUGCGAAAAAUUAAAAGAGAACCAUUUAAAUUGUUAAAAUGCGGUGUUUAGUUUUGCAAUUUGAAAAAUGUUAGAUGAAAGAUGAAUGUUAGAUGAAAAAUUCAUAAACUUCUUUCCUUAUUACAAUUCGCCGACCAUCAUUUUUAAAGAUAUUUCUUGUUGUGCUUGCUUUUGUUUGAUGCGUUUAAGAUUUGAUAUUGAAUAAGAAUCUAUUUUUCCAUACCUUAUCACACUACGUUCAUAUAUGUACAAACAACUAACAACUAAAAUUUAGACACUGUUGAAAAACGGCGUAAAACCCAAAACAAACAAACAAACUAAAAUUUAGAACUUAGGAAUGUCUAUAUGUAUUAAAUCGCCCAACUUACUUGGGACCACCAUGGCGCUAGUACUUGCAAUGAUGUUUAUUUUGCGUAAAGGAACUACCUUAAGAUUUGUUAAAACUAAUUAAUUUUGUCUAUUGAUUUAUUUCAGAACUUGUAAAUGCACAGUAAAUAAAAUAUGAUAUUAAG